UGCCGCAACGGUGACCCCAACUGCGGAAACGGCUACAUCUGCACGGUCUGCUACAAUUGCGCUGUGCAGCCGAUGGGCUACCCGGGUGUCAACCCAUGCCCUCCCCAGCGCCCCCAGCCGCAGACGUACUGCUACCCGGUGUACUACUGCCAGCCCCGGCGCUGCUAAGAUGGCGCGACAUCCCUUGCAGAGGUAGAGUUCGUGUUACAACGCAAACGUUCUCUUUCCUCUUUGCGCUAGCAUUGUCGUUUAUCGAUCCCACCAAUUGUUACUCGCUCCUUGCAGAUCCGCUGUCUCUUCGUAUAUAGUACACUAGGUUAGGUUUGGCACCGGCAUCAUCUCUAAGGACUUACUUCUGCGCUGUAUUCCUUGGCUUUUGCCGCUUGUGCAAUAUACCCGUCCUUGUACUGCAUUUACGCUUCGUGUGCGAUGCUUGAAAUGAGAACAAAUAGCCAGCCACAUCGGAACAGUUCGCAUCUACAGAGUGCCCAAGUUUCGUGCAGCUAGCAUAAGCUUCUCUACAGAGACAGCCAGUGGUUCUAGAUAGCCGUUAACGACGCGGGUGCUCUGCAAAAGACGCGGGCGCGUCUGAAAGUGGAGAG